AAAAUGUAUUUAUUUCUAAACAUUUUCUUUAUUAUAUUAACGUGUGUCCAAGGACAAGACGAACUUUUUGAGAAAUACGAUGAGGAUAAUAAUGAACGUCUUAACCCCAUUGAAUUCGGUAAAUUUCUCAAUGAAAAAAUGAAAGGAAUGCGUGGAGGUAAAGGAAAGGAUACGGAUGAUGAUUUUUCCCCCAAUUCAAUGCCAAACCUAGAAAUAUUUAAAGGAAUUGACACAAACAAGGAUGGAGAGAUUGAUGAUGAUGAAUUUGAAGCACAACGUGAAUUGUUUGAUUUUUUGGGUAGAAUGCCUAAUUUGGAUGAUGAUGAUGAGGAAUUGGAUGAGAAAGAAAUUGUUGAUCGUUUGGUAGAAGAAAGUGUUAGGGAAAUGGGUAAUGAAAAAAUGGAAAAAGAUAAAUCAGAAAAUCAAAAUGAGAAAAAUGGUAAAGUUGAAAACAAUUUAAAAGAAAAAGUUAACGAUAAAAACCAAGAUGAGAAAAAUAAAAUUAACGAAAAUGAAGGAAAUACUUUGAACGAUUCGAAAAACUUGAAAAAAUCUGAAGACUUUGUUAAGUGCUCCAAAAAGGAUGAACAAUGUAGUGCUUCAAAAGAAGAUGAAAUUAUUGAAGAGGGUUUGGAAGAUAAUAAAGUUGAUUCUUUGGAUAAAAAGACAGAACUUUGA